UAGCAUGAGUUUUCACGUCUUGAGGUCCCUCGUCUUCAAUGCUGGUUCUUAUACUCUUCCCGCGCCCUAUUCCUCUAAACGUUGUCGUUCCUCGCUGAUUCUCUGCCACACCAUGUCCCAAACCUCCUUCCCUACCCUCACUACACUCUCCAUCUCUUUCUCUCAGCUCAAGGAUAAGAACUCUGACUUGUCGUUGAAGAUUGAGGAAGGGUUUGGACCCGACGGGCUGGGGAUUUUAUCAGUCACUGAUGUCCCAGGAUACUCUUCGUUGCGCAGAAAUCUUUUGCAUCUUGCACCAAGAUUGGCAAAUCUUCCUAAAGAAGUGAAGGAGGAUCUUGAAGAUCCUCAUAGUAGGUACAAUUUCGGUUGGAGUCAUGGGAAAGAGACACUUGAAUCCGGGAAGCCUGAUUUAUUAAAAGGAUCUUUUUAUGCCAAUCCCAUACUUGAUACGCCUACAACAGAGGCAUCUUUGAUACAAAGGUAUCCAUCAUAUUGUGGAUCAAAUAUAUGGCCCAGAAGUGCAUUACCAGAACUUGAAGUGGCUUUCAAAACACUUGGGAAGCUGAUAUUUGAUGUUGGAUUGAUGUUGGCAUAUCACUGCGAUCAAUAUGUAUCCAAAAGGAUGAAAAUCCACAAGGAUGAAGGUCUGGAAUCAAUACUUCAUCGCUCCCGCAGUCAUAAAGGACGUUUGCUAUAUUAUUUUCCUGCACAACAGGGAAUCCCGGAUGGUAACUCUCUGUCUUCUUGGUGUGGUUGGCAUACAGACCAUGGUUCACUGACAGGUCUGACUUGUGCUAUGUUUAUGAGAGAUGGUGUAGAACUAUCUUGCCCUGAUAGAGCUGCUGGUCUGUAUAUUCGAACAAGAAAUGAUCAAACUGUCAAAGUUGUCUAUGGAAAAGAUGAUAUAGCUUACCAAAUUGGUGAAACCACUGAAAUACUUUCUGGAGGUUAUCUUUGUGCAACACCUCAUUGUGUUCAGGCUCCUAAGGGGGAGGAGUCUUCUGGUAUUGAGCGCUCGACAUUUGCAUUAUUCAUGCAACCUGACUGGGAUGAAAAACUCAGUUUUCCUGAGGAAGUUCACAUUCAUAAAGAGCUUAUUCCAUCAAAUUCUGCCCUUACUUUUGGAGAGUAUUCAGAGAUGCUGCUUGACAAAUAUUACCACCAAAAACAGUAAGGUUUAAUACCGGUUGCUUCUCAGCCUACAAAUAAGGUUGGAGAGACCUGGCCCAUUUUAACCAACUGUUAUUAAUUCAUGGGAGUGAAUUAAAGUUACGUAAAUGUUUUAUCUCUGUCUCGGGGACAGAAAUGUAGCUCAUCUAAAUUAGUCUAUGUCCCCAAAAAAGUCCUAGUCUCACCGGAUUUUAAUUUAUGGAAUUGAAUGAGAGUAAAUAUACAAUCCAAUAGUUUAUGUUCUUAUUCUUUGAUGGGAAGUUGUACAAAGAGAUAACCUAUUUGU